UUAAAUAAAGGUAUAAAAAAAAUAUUUAAAAAAUCGGCGUCCACAAAUACAGAUUUCCGCUUGUUAUAAAAAUUUGGAAUCGGCCCUAAUUAAUCGGCCAUUCCGAUUAAUCGGUCGACCCCUACUUAACAGCAUGCAUUAACAGACACCCCCUUGCUAAAACAGAAGUUGGUCGCCCUUGUAUUAUUGAGGCGCAGACAGGGAAGGAGGAGGCGGUUAAUGUGCUGAGAAGGGAGCAUGGGCAAUACUACCACCUUGUCCAGGAGCUGCUCUUGGACCCUGCUCGACAUCACCGAUACUUCUGGAUUGGAUAAGAGAUGGAGACUCUUAUGUUGGCCCAGACCUCACCAAGCAGACAACCAACUACAAGACCCCAAUAGAGCCUAAGCAAAAACUUGCUGUCACUCUAAGGUAUUUGGCUUCUGGAGACUAUUUGCAGCCUGGCCUUCGCCUAUCGUCUUGGAUUCGAGACAGUGUCGCAGUGCAUUAUGGAGACCUGUGAGGCCAUAGAGAGGAAGAUGCUGGCGAUCCAUCUGCCAUGACCCACUGAGGAAACCUGGAGACAAACUUCAAGAGUUUCAUGAAAAAUGGGACUUUCCCAAUUGUUUGGGAUCGGUUGAUGGAAAACAUGUUAUGAUCACCAAACCACCAAACUCAGGGAGACGUUUUUUUAAAUUAUAAAGGAACCUUCUGUGGUGUUACUCGCCCUUGUGGAUGCCAAUUACCACUUCACAGCUAUUCAAGUGGGGGAUUUUGGGAGAAACAGUGAUGGAGGAGUCUAUGCCAACUCCCCACUUGGAAGGGCAAUGGCAUCAAAAACACUGCAGGUGCCUUUCUGCCUGGGGGUGAAGAUUUAGGAAAGAUACCAUACACAUUGGUGGUGCACGCUGCCUUCCCACUAAAGCCCUACCUGAUGAGGCCAUAUGCCGGGCAUAACAUCAGCUACGAGAAAGAAAUCUUCAACUAUUGUCUCUGUCGAAUGACAGUGGAGAAGGCAUUCGGGAUCCUUGCGGCCAGAUGGAGAAUCCUCUACCAAAAAUAAACCUACUGCCAAGCGAGGUUGAUACCCUAGUGGUUGCAAUGUGCAUCCUCAAUUUCCUCACAAGCCUUUUGAUGUGGAGAUGUGGUUACAGCAAGGUGGGGCAGGGAUGAGGCAAGGCAUGAGAGGCAUAGCCAUCCAGGCCAAUAGAGCAGUUUUCAUCAAAUUCAGCAUACCAGAGGAAAGACAGUCUGACAUCAACGUGUAUGACCAGUCUCACACAGAAAUUGACUCAGAGGUGUUUGAAGGGAUUGCAAAGGAGUCACCUGGCACCUUCUGGACCACUCUAGGCGAUGAAGGACUUGCUUUUCAAUCAUCAUCGUCAUCCUCUGUAAGAUCUGAUGACACUAAUUCUGAAUUUCACUGUGUGACCAUCAUGAAGAAGCAGCCACUGGUGAAGGGAGCCAACCCAAAAGAUAGUGCCAGAUAAACUAAGGCUAAAGCGGUAUGUGGUAGAAACUACUGUUUAGUGUAAUCUGUAUGUUUGUUUCAUAUUAUGGGAUUGGGGAGUGUUCUUGAGCUGAUUCUUUACUAUUUUUAAAAUCUUAAAGUUUAAUUUACUCACCAAGAGCACCUAAUUCCUUUAUUUUGUUUAAAGUUGAUUGAAAGAAUCCGAACAUCAAAACCUGGUGGUGAACGCAUCAUACAAGAGUAUGGAAAACCAAGACUCUGACAGAUGCCACCAGAAGGCAGAUGUCAGGAUGAUGUAUGCACAGGGAAUUGUUGCAUUGUUUCCUUAUCUCGAAGACUCAUUUUCAAAAAAUGUAUAUGUAAGUAAAGUAAAAGUGUCUCUGGAACAUUACGUACAUGAUCAGUCUUUGAAAUGUAUGCAUUUAUAUGUAUGUAUUAUGUAGGAACAUUACUAUGAUCAAGAGAGUGGGUCUGGAUACAUGGCAUGAUUGAAGACCAUACAAAAAAAAGCACAUUUCCCGAAGUUGGUGGGCCAGGCCAUGGUCGAUAGCCCUUUCACCCGUGACGAAGUGCCAACUAACGAAGACAUCGAGGCAGCCAUUGCUGUUUUUAGAUUUUCUGCUGAUGAAGACUCUGUCCGGGAGAAGAUGAAGACUGCCUUCCCUCAUUGCCAAGCUGAUGCAGACAAAUCAGCAGAUGUCUUCUCAGUCUUCCCCAGGGUAUUGGAUAUACCAGGACUGAUAGAACAAGACUUCAGGCUUCUGUUUGGUGAGGCCACAACCAACAAGUUCUUGGAGAAGUGGCCAACCACUUUCAAGGGAAAAGUGAUGGAAAGUGAUGGACUUACACCCACCACAGAACUCUUGGAAUUGAUGUGCAAUGCUGAGUCAGCUGUUGAAAAUGAGAAUGGACAGAUGUCUGCAUGUCAAGGGGUUGAUCAGCUCAUCAGAUUUCAAAAGGUUGGAACCAGUGUGCAGCAGCAUCUGGAUAGCAUCACCCAAAGCGGUCAGCCCUACCUUCUUGCCUUGGGAUCCAUAAAGAGCAGCAUUCACUCCUACUUUGUUGUGAUCGACAAGCAUGCGGUUCCAGUAGGAACCUUUGACGAACUCUUUAAGGCUCACUUCAUCGUUGGUACAUCAUACAGUUCUUGCCUGAGUAACUUCUUCACUUUUGUGCAAACAACCAUCUACAACAUUGAUAUGGGGGAAACAAAGGAGACUCCCCAAGUUGCUGAGUUGAGAGCAAGAAUGUUGCGUUAGUGAAGAUCUGCUAAGGUGAAAUUAUGAAGUGUUUUCUAUGCAAGACUGAGCAUACAAGUUCCGCUUCAAGUGUCAAUCAGAAAAUUAUGAUUGUAUAAUAAUAAUAAUAAUUGUCAAGCACCUUAAAGUAAUUAAUGGACUUUGUCCAGGGAGAACUCUUUAUCUAAAAUGUGGUCAAGUGGGAUGUUCACGUUCCUUUGGUAGCUUUUCUGGUUUUAGAAAGCAUUUAAGUAAUUGCCACAUUAGCAGUUUAUUUGGUUCAGUCGGUGGUGUUGAUUUUUCAAACUCUCAAAGCACCUUUAACACUUGUAAAGGUAGUGAUGUUGGAGAAGUGUUGACUGAAAAUGUAGAGUGAGUCAGCGACGUCUUCCCCAGACAUUGUAAAUAGUUGUGCGUCUGUAAUUGCUGAUCUAAAGGCAGCAGGUGUAGGUCAAAGUACAGUUAAUUCUGUUGUGAAUUCCAUGGAAGAGAGAGUUCAUGAUAUCCAACAGCGAGCUAAAUAAACUUUCGUUAAGCAUGUUCUAUGUGAUGAAGGACAAACUGAAAUAUCCAAGAAAGGAGGCAUCUUUUGAAGGGUUAGAGAAUCCUUUCACUGUGCUAAAUUCUGAAUACAAGAUGUCCACAUUUUUCAGAGAAGUGGGAAACUGUAGAACCAGUUGAACAUGUCAUUGGCUCAAGAUUUGACACAAGACGAAACAAAAAGACUGGAACAUAUGACCAGAUUGUAGUUCAAGACAAAUUCAUGUAUGUUCCAAUAUUGUCUACCUUGCAGUCAAUAUUCAAAUGUAAACAUGUUUCAGAGAUGUUUCGCUUUCCUAGUGACACAAGACUUGUGUGAUGGAUCUUUUAUUAGGAGUCACCCUCUUUUCUCAACAGAAAGACACGUCAUACAGAUUCAAUUGUUCUAGGAUUAUUUUAAGGUUGCAAACCCUGUGGGUUUCAAGUGAGGAUUUCAUAAAUUGGGUGCUAUAUAUUUUACUUUAAGGAACUUCUCUCCUAAAUGGAAUUCUUGUUGGGCUAACAUAUACCUGUGUGCCUUAAUUCAUGCUCAAGAUCUUAAAUGUUAUGGAUUAGGGCAAUCCUUGCUCCUAUUGUUUGAGACAUUAAAGUGUUAGAGUGAUGGCAUUGUGGUUCCUUUAUACAGUGGUUGUGUUCAUGGCAGUGUGGUUCAGGUUACUGGCGAUAAUCUGGGUCUACAUAGUUUGUUUGGCCUGGUGGAGUCUUUCAGCGCAAGUUAUUGCUGUCUUGCAGAAAAAGAUGACUCAGACAGAAUUCUCUGAAGAUUGUCCCAAGAUAGCGUUGUGAACUAAAGAAAUGCACACUGCUCACUGUCAGAGAAUGAAUAGAAAUCCAUCUCUUCCAUACGUUUUUGGUGUGACGCAUUCGUGUUUAUUAAACUGAGUAUUAUCACAGAACUGAGAACUUCUCAGUUGAUGUGAUGCAUGAUGUGUUAGAGGGUGUGGCCCAGUACGAGUUGAAGUUAUUUAUCUGAAGAAAAAACAUGUAACAUCAGCAGAAUUAGAUUUAAGAAUACAAAGUUUGAUUAUGAUUAAUGGAAAGAAACAAACCCGUGGCUGUGAAUUUAUCAGAAGGAUCGAAUGAUUUGGGGCUUAAUGCAAUUCAGUCACAGUGCCUACUGAGAAACGCUCCUCUUAUUUUGGGGGAUUUGGUAACUUCUACUGAACAGCACUGGGGCCUACUCCUUUUAUUACUUUAAAUAGUUAACAUAAUAUUUUCUCCUAUGUUAACAGAGGGUCUCUGUGUUUAUUUAAACAGUUGUUUUCCCAGAGAGAACUUUUACCAAAGCACCAUUUUCUAAUCCAUUAUCCCCGCUGCAUCUAGAAAAUUGGACCUGUAAUUCAUAGUUGGUGUAUGCAGUAUGAAGGUAAGCAUGCUUUUUUGAAACUACAAUCUUAAAUAAAAAUUUCAAAAAACUAUAUGGCGUAUAAUUGGCAAUCCUCUACACUUUUUAGUCAAUAAGACAUUGGUCCUGUGAAAUGGUGCCUUUGAAUAUGGUAAAAGCUGGUUCUAUGAUUGCUGUGGCAAUUAGCACUCAGGUUAUGAAAGUGGACUGGGCUAAAUACCAUGGCUUUGUUUACCGCCCAAGCAUGUUAUCUGUUGUAAAAUUGAAUUUGAAAUGCCUCCGUUUUAUCAAAUGGAAAAGUGUUGCUGCUCACAGUGCCUUUAAUUACUCUAGCUUUUCAAGAACAUUUCAAUGUGUACAAAGUAACCAAGUCAAAACAUGGUUUUGUUUUCUUUCAUGUCCGACAACCUGCAUUAUCAUAGACCAUUUGAUAUACAAAUGUCGUAUGGAAGGAAUUAGAUAUCUAUUUGUUGUCCCAUAUUGCUUUCUCUGGUGAGCAUGUCACUUGCGAUGUUGACAGUGUAAAUGGUUACAUUGAUUAAAGGCAAGGUGAGGGGUGGGUUGAUGUGCAUUAACAUUGAAAUGGA